AUGCGACGGCUCCAGCGCACCCGGCGCGGCCCCAGCGUCAGCGACCUCGAUAGCGACGUGCCGCUGACGUGGUCCAAGGUGCUUUUGGCGCUCACGUCCUACUGUCUCUUCUUCACCGACAUACCCCGCAGCGGAUAUGGCUUCAAGGACCUCCCGGCAACGUACUUUGCGACAACCGAGACGCUGUAUGCCAACUUUGGCCCGUACGCGUACCCAAUCAUCGCCAUCGAGCGACACAUCAACGGAUCCAUCGAGAGCUCGAGUCCAUUCGCCAACGUCUGGAGCUACAAGUUUGAUACGUGCUCGGUGGGUCUCCGCACGGUCGUCGCAGCGCUCGACGUCGGCGGCUGGCACGACUGCUUUGCGUACACCCGUCCUUGUCCGCGCAGCAUUUUGCACCCGCUCGAGCUGCUUACGAUGCUCGACAACGUUGUCACUGCGGUGCAAGCCCACGGCGAUGGCUCGUGGCGCGUCAGCUACUUCUUUGUCGAUAUCAUCAACGAUAUUUUUGCCUUUGGGGGCAUCAAGGAGCGCGACUGGCGACGAGUGCAGACACACUACGUAACAUCGUCGACCGCCGACCUCUGCGACCCGACGCGAGAUCAAGCGGCGCUCUUUUGUGAGCAGCCGUGGACCGACUUUGAGUCGUUUGGCGGCGUCGCCCUUCGCCUCAUGCCCGCGAUCCAAGCACAACUACAAGCGGCCGAGCGCCGAGUUGACCUCACGACGCAGCGCGUGGACAUGGCGAUCGUCGUUGGCAGCGACGAUCUCCGUCCGUGGGCCGGCGGCUUUGCCAAAAGCUACCUGAGUGCCUUUGAUGUCGUGACACUUCUCCGUAUUCAAAAUUGUUCGGACGUGCUUCUUCGCGUCAACUGCUCGACCGUGUACCUUGCCGACUACCGGUACGAAGGCGGCCUCGGGCGCACCAACACGCGCUCGUACUACCGGCUCACGGCUUGCCUGCGCACGUUCGGUCAGUUCUACAACAUUAGCCGGACGAUGGCGCUUAUCUUUGGGUGCUACGUCGCGCGGCGACACGAGCGCAAGUACCGCAGAGCACCGCUGCUCCGCACGCUCUAUGCGGCGCUCACCCUGUGGCUCCGCAUUCCAGCCCAAGUCGUCAUCUACGGCAGCUGGCUACCCGUGCUCCUCUUUGCGUUGGCGCAUUUGAUUGACGCACCGUUUCUGUACUUUACGAUCUACAUGCAACUCGGCACCCUCAACGGGACUUUUUCCCUGGACGAGCGCAAGGUGUACGACUUGAUCGUUUUGCUCACGUGCCACAUGCGCAACGUCUGGGUGCUCAGCCUUUGCGUCAAGGCGCUGCUCGUACUCGGUCGCCGCGACCGCGACCGCCAAGCGCUGUAUGGCUUUCGCGGCUACCUCCUUCCGCUCGUCUCGUUCCUCUCGAUGGCCUUUGAAGUGCGCCUCAUUGCGCUCCGCGACACGAGUCUCCUGCACGUUCGCCGCGUCGUUCCAAGCUCCAAGGUGGCGCUGAUCCGCGAAUUCCACGCGCUGCCGACCAACUACCGGUACUGGGGCGUUGGCUCGGACGUGAAAAACCUCGUGCUAUCGUGGCUGCUCGUCUAUCUGAGCUCGCGGCUCCUGCCGACGACCCCGCGACUGGCGUACGCCACGACGAUGCCGUUUACGCUGCUGCGGUUUUGCCACCGGAGUAUGUUUACGACGGCGUGGUCCGCGUCGGCGCGAGAGACGUCGGCAUAUUUGAAUAAAGUCCACGCGCAGAUCCAGGUCGACCCGCAUCGGCGGUCGUUGUUCAAGCUCAUGCACAUUACGUGGAUGACCGACCCGCUGCAGUACGUGACGCUGCGUCUGACGCGCCCAAUCGUAUGCGUCUACCGCAUGCGCGUCACGGGCGCAUUGCUGCACCAUGCGCUACCGCCGUGCGAGCUGCUGCAGCUCGACGCGUGUUUGCUUGAGCGCGUCGAGUGGGUCGGCGAGGUCGACCUCUUGGACCUGCCAUGGCACGAGCGUAUUCGCUGCUAUUAG